UCAGAUACUCGUAUUAAUUUUCCAUAGGCUUACAUUAUAAGAAAUGACCUCAAAACAGACCUUAAAAUUGAGUUUUCAUCAUAGAGAUGUCAUUUUUCUGGGAGAAUGACAUGCCUGACACAUAAAACUCAUCUCGUUAUAUAGGGGUAGCCGACCAAAUUUUUCGUAAAAUGACUUCAAAGAGGAUUACCCCCCCUUUACACUGUAAUUCACUGCUGAUCACAGGACUGACAUAUACUUUUUUAAAAUGUAAAUAUCAGAGUAAAAAAUUAUCCUACAGACUUACAAAAUACUUCAUUUUUUUCAGAAAACAAUGUACUGUUAGUUUCGAGAAUAGUUUUUAUACUUAUACACAAUACCUUCUCGUCCAAUCACCUAAUGUCCCAUUGAAUCUUACGGUUUUCCCUGCACUUUUUUUAGCCAAUCGCUGGCCAUGUAACAAUACGUUACCCUGACCUAAAGGCAUAUUUUAUUUGUACAAUAUAGAAUUAUUUUGUAUUAUUUAAUAAGAAUAAAGUAUAUCAAAUAUAAAUGUGUUCACUUUUUGUAUUUCAAAUAAGAUUUGAGAAGAUGGUAGCCAUUUCACUAUAAGGCAUGUAAUGCCAUAAAGACCAUGAAAAUAGAGUUAAAUAGAAAAAAAUACCCCAAAAAGUACUAUGAUAAAUCUUCAUUAUUUCUGUUUUAAAUGGAAUGACUCCUCAUUUCAAAUAAUACAUAUAUAUAUUGGUAAGUCUUCAACAUAUGUUCAAAAUAUUUAUUCAAUCAAUCUUAUUUUAGUAAGAAUAGGGGUAGUUUUUGUACCCCACCCACAUAUUUGAAGGUGAAAACUGAAAAAUCUUUGUUUUCUAAACCUGUAAAAGCAAUGAUUGAUACUAAAAUAGUAAAAAAACUCUGCAAAAUGAUGUUUAACACAUAAUAAGUAUAUGCAUAUGGGUCUUUGAUAAAAGUGACCCUCUUAAAUGACACAUUUAAUCACCAAUUAGCCCUUCUCCAAAGCCCAACUAAAUUGUCUAUAUCAGACUCCCAAUCUAAUAUACAUCUGCAAGAUACUAUACAUGACUCACAUAUGGUCAUCUUACACACUUAUAUAUACCUGGCUUAUCUAAGAAAUUUCUGUAUAGUAAAAUUACUGGGACAAAAUUGUUCAUUUUAUACUUUAUGCUGCUAAAAUUGUGUGAAAAUUGGAUAAAAAUAUGGGAAAAAUCAAUUUUAAAACAUGCAAAACCAGAUUUGCAAAGGGUAAUAAUCACUCACCACGUACCGGUGGAUUUAAUUCAGGCACAGGGACAAUUAAAUAUGUCAGACUUGAAAAAAAAUUGAAGACUCUUGUACAGACGAACCCUCUAUUACCCAAGGCGACAUCUUCAGCCGAGAACUCUGACCAGGAGCCCGUAAAUUACAAACUCCUUCGAAGUCCUCCCAAAGACGAUGUGAAACUUCAAUUUAUGUCGGACGAUGCACAGAAUCAAAGUGACAAAAAUGACUGCUACAAGCUGUUUCAUAUCAGCAAACUGUGGGAAAUGGUCAAUGAAGUCAGUCGUGAACAUAGGCAAAAGAAACCAGACUGUCAAGGAAAUCUUUGCUUUGAUUCAUCUUCGUCCAUGCAGUGGGGCUUCGGAUGGCGUGAAAGUGCAAAGUGCCAGAUCUGUACCUAUGUUUCGAAACGAUAUAAGCUUUACGCCGAAAUAGACACCUGUAAGCGGGGAGUUAAACCAGCUUCUGUCACCCGUGGCAUUUCAAUAGCUCUCACUCAGACACCAAUAGCUUCCUCUGGUGUCAGAAAAAUAUGUCAUGGAGGGAAUAUACCAGCUCCCUCAGUUGCCUGCCUCCAGAGGACUGCAAACCUUGUCAAUGAGGUCAUUUGCAAAGAAAAUAAAAGGGACAUGAAAAGAAUCAGGGAAGAACUAAAAGAAAUUAAUAAAUACAGGGGACUGCCACAGAAUGUUAUAAAUGUACAGGCAGAUGGCAUGUACAACAACAACUUGUACAGCGGUGUGGGGAAAACACCGUUUCAGCCUGCAACGCAGGCAUCAUAUACAGUUGCGGAGACAAUAACCUCUAAAAAACAAAUAGUUGCUGCUGAGCAAGUGAACAAACUUUGUUCCAAGCAUGGCUUCCACACUCAAGAAGAAACAGAAUGCGACAACAAGUCUGGACCUUGCUCGGCAACAGCUAGCAUUGAAACAACUAUAGGAGACGAAUACAGAUGGGCAAAAAGCUGCUUCCUGGAUCUACAUCAUGAUGGGCUCGAGGUCAAAUAUCUAACCACUGAUGCAGAUUCAGGGGCUUUUCGUGCUGCCACAGACCUUUACGACAACAAAAUCACAAGCACAGAACCUGUUCAUCAGCUGGACACGAGACAUCUGGCAGAAAAUCAUCGGAAACAAAUGAACUCCUGCUCGCGUCUUUUGAAUAUGAUGCCCGGUCAUAAUGUUGAAUACCGAAAGUACUUAAGAAAUAGGUUUGCCCUUGACCUAAGUCGCCGGUGUACAGCUGAAUUUGAAUCAGUAUUUACAAAGGAAAACGGAGAUUUUUCAAAAAUAACAGAGAAAUUAAAAUACCUUGUUACUGCGAUUAAACGCUGUUAUGCUGGGGACCAUUACGGUUGCAAUCUUCAUUCGAGGGUUUGUAAAGGCGCAAAAAAACAAUAACUGGUUAGUAAACAGUGCUUUCUUGACAAAAAAUUUCAAAAUCAGUCUCAAUAUCCCUGAUAAUCAUGACACAAUGCUUGAUUGGAUUGAAUUUAGACUAGGUGAAGAUAUGUUAAACAAAACUCGUCUUAAUUCAAAUACCCAAAAAGUAGAAGGGACGAACCGCGCUAUUAAAAAAUGCUUACCUAAUAACACCACUUUUCCGCACAACUGUUCUGGACGAUUUUUCAGUGCUAUACACGCUGUAAACAAUGGGCCAGGGGUAUCACUUAUGAAACUAUGCACAGCAGCGGAGUGCCCAAUCCCAAAAGGUGGUCGGGUUGCCCGUCAAUUACUUCAAGAACAGAAACGCGCUGAAAAUAAAAAAGAAACAGAAAAAAGUAUUGAAUUCAAGCUUAAACGUUCAAAAAGAAAAAGUCUUAUGUAUAAAUUACAUGAAAGUACCAGAGAGAAAAACAAAUAUGUAAAAGGACAGUUACUGAAAGACCGUAUUAAUUAUUUAAGUCAAAGACGACGUAAACAAAACCUGAAUAAAUAUGAAGAGUCGAUGCCAUCUACCAGUGACCAUGGAAGUUAUACACGCCCUUUCUGUAGCCGGGCCGGUAAAAGACAUGGGGGUUCGUGCCUGCAGACAUAGACACUAUGACCGAAGCAGUGAAUCCUAGACAUGUUUGUCUCAUGCUUCUCUAGUACUAAGUGCCUAGGGUUUACGCAACCUUUAUUAUUGCAUGUAUGGCUAACAUCUAGUGACGACCCAUCUGGUGCUAGCCGUGGCACAUCCUCUCUUAGCAAACGCUGGUCCAACAUAUAAGCCAGUCUAUGAGUACUUUCAAUGGUCUGAAGACCAUUUGGCCAUUUAAUUUUUUUUCUCCCAUAUCCAUACUUAUCUUUACUCCCUAUCCAGAUUUUACAGUCAAUUUCCCCAUCAGCAUUCAUAAUAAUUGAGUGUUUGUCCAUAUUUUUCUGCAAAUUUGACCAAAAUUGGUUCAAAUCAGCCAUUUU